AUGAUACUCUGCUUUGAUUGUGCUUGUCAUACGACAGACGGAAGCUCAGCACAUUUUCACCGGAAUCGAAAAAGGGAAUAUUGUCAACAAGAAUGUCUCAGUAAAGCCAAUCGACAGCUGGUCAAGCGGAAUCCGUCGUCGUCUUCUGGUGGGAUGGACCUUCAAAUCUCUUCGGCCAAAGCGAUCACUCGAAAUGAUGGAAAAGAAAUCGCAAGUAGGUCACAAAGGAACAAUCGGAAGCUAAGAAAAGACGUCUUCGGUGAGCCUAAUCAAGGUAAGCUAAACAACCAUAACAUUUAG